CAAGAUCACAGGCAACUAAAAGCAAAGAAGGUUGGGAGAACUAUUAAGCACCUUAUAGAAGCACAACCAGAUAUCAAGGUGAAAGCUAUCAUGGCAGAGGUGAAGGAUCGACAUUCUUACACGAUAAGGUAUAAAAAAGCAUGGCAUGGUAAGCAGAAAGCCAUGGCUGAGGUGUAUGGUGAUUGGGAGGAUUCGUAUGCUUUACUCCCUAGACUUAUGGGAGCAAUGGAGGAGUCCAAUCCUGGGACUGUUUUUGUCCCAGUAUACAACAAUGUAUACACUGAGGAUCAAGUUCGAGUACAGGAUAAGUUGAUGUUCCAUCGUCUUUUUUGGGCUUUUAAACCAUGCAUUGACGGAUUUGGGUUCUGCAUACCGGUUAUUCAGGUUGACGGAACUUUCCUUACUGGGAAGUACAAAGGAUGUCUUCUAAUUGCCACUGGCGUAGAUGGAAACAGGCGGAUUUUCCCGCUUGCAUUUGCAUUAGUGGAGGGGGAGAACAGCUUAAGUUGGGCUUGGUUCUUUGACCAACUGCACGAGCACGUGACACAGCGGGAAGAUAUUACGAUUAUAUCCGAUCGACAUGCGGGGAUAAGGAAUGCUGUUGGUGGUUUUCCCGACGAGUGG